UAACUCCGUCAUCUCGUUUUCCGUGGUUCCAGUGUGUUUUUUUUGUGGGGUUUUGGGUUAUCGUUACCAUGACGGUCGUCGUAUCGGAGCCAGUGCUUCAGAGUUAUGUGGAAGAGCAGCAGACUGGUGGAGAUCUGACUCUGGAUGGAGGAUUUGUUGUUCCUGAUAGCAAUGCUUUUGGCCACUCUUUCAGGGACUAUGAGAAAGAGGGCGAAAGGAAAGCAAUCGUGGAGGAAUUCUACCGUAUCAAUCACAUUAACCAGACCUACGAAUUCGCUAAGAAGAAGAAGGAAGAAUAUGGGAAGCUGGACAAUGCAGUGAUGAGCAUUUGGGAUUGCAUUGAUCUACUAAAUGAGUUUGUGGAUGAGAGCGAUCCUGAUCUCGAUGAGCCCCAGAUCGAGCACCUUCUCCAAUCAGCUGAGGCCAUUCGUCGAGAUUACCCAGACCAAGACUGGCUACAUCUCACUGCUCUCAUCCAUGAUCUUGGGAAAGUCUUGCUGCACCCUUCGUUUGGUGGAGAACCUCAGUGGUGUGUUGUUGGGGAUACGUUUCCUCUGGGAUGUGCAUUUGACGAAUCCAUCGUUCAUUACCAGUAUUUUAAGGAGAACCCGGACUACGACAACCCGCUAUUCCGUACGAGACUGGGUGUCUACAACGAGAACUGUGGGCUCGAGAACGUGACCAUUUCCUGGGGCCACGAUGAGUACAUGUACCUGGUGAUGAAGGGGAAUGGUGCCACCCUCCCUCCUGCGGCUUUCUUCAUAGUGAGGUUCCACUCAUUCUACUCUCUGCACCGAGCCGGUGCCUACACAUAUCUUAUGAAUGAUGAGGACAAGGACAUGCUUAAGUGGCUUCGUGUCUUCAACAAAUAUGAUCUUUAUAGCAAGAGCAAGGUGAGAAUAGACGUGGAGGAGGUGAAGCCAUACUACAUGUCCCUCAUCAACAAGUACUUCCCAGAGAAACUUAGAUGGUGAACAAAACAACCAGCAGAGUUUGGUGGUCUGGAAUAAAGCAGUGGAGAUCCGUCUAGCUGCAGCUUGUGUUACUGUAGUAGUUUUAGUUGCUUACGCGUCCUUCUACUUGUCCAUGGUUACCUCGUCCUGGUACUCGCGUAACUAGUCGGAAAGGAAAUAAAAUGGCGAAGCGUGGAACAAUUGGUCCUUCCCUUUGUUUGUUUCGUUUGGUCCAUCUCAGUCGCUAAUAUCGUAGUGUUCUUUUGUUUCUUUUUUUAAUGUAAUAAGUCGCUAAUGUUGUGAUGGCUGAUGGGUAUCCAAAGCUAAGCCGCAGGAAACAGCUGGCCAGAUCUGCCUUGUGUUA